AUCGUGCGACAAGGAUAAUUACCCUCGUCUUUACCAGGCAGGGACACUACAAUUUGCACACAAUGUGUAAUAACACUAACACUACUACACUAUUCUUAGUAUUUGGGUUCAUUUUAAAGGUAACACUAAGGAACUACUUAAAUAUCUCGCGUAUGAAUACAUCCAAUCGGUGUGUGUGAAUAUUAUGACUACGUGGUCGUGACGAGAAAGUGCCGCGGAAAUUCGCUAUAACGUCAUAUACUGGAAUCUUGUUUGUGGUCAGACCAUUCCAUUAAUACAUAAUUAUUUACAAAUCAUGGCAUAUCCGUCACCUGCCGGUUGGAACCCAGCGAUGGGCAGUGGUAGCUGUGGCGCUUAUCCUACACCGGGAGCGGCCUAUCCGCAGAUGUGUUACCCUCAAUCAGCGGCGACCAAGCCGACAUUAAACCCUAGCAUUCCUUUUCUUGGUCAAAUCCCUGGACGUCUGAGUCCUGGAAAAAUGGUAAUCAUACAUGGAACUAUCCCCCCAAAGGCCGACAGGUUUGGUAUAAACUUUCAGAUUGGUACCAGUAUUAAACCACGUGCAGACAUUGCAUUCCACCUUGCAAUCCGAGUAAAGCUUGGGCAUAUUGUUAGGAAUACGCUGACAAACGAUAAGUGGGGUGCCGAAGAAAGUGGUGUGCCUUACCAGCCAUUCAUACAUGGUCAAAACUUUGAAAUAAUGAUCCUAGCUGACAAGGACGAAUUCAAGGUUGCUGUCAACAGUCAGCAUUACAUUACGUACAAACACCGUGUCAGACCUCUGACGAAAAUCGACUAUCUUGGUAUCAUUGGUGACGUCAUAAUCACAUCUGUGAAGUUCCAGGAUGAACAGGUUGCAGCAGGUGGAACUUGCGUAUCUGCCGCCCCGAUAGUACCCAUUGUCAAUCCUAGCAUUCCUUUCCUUGGUCACAUCCCUGGAUGUCUGAGUCCUGGAAAAAUGGUAAUCAUAUAUGGAACUAUCCCCCCAAAGGCCGACAGGUUUGGUAUUAACUUUCAAAUUGGUACCAGUACUAAACCACGUGCAGACAUUGCAUUCCACCUUGCAAUCCGAGUAAAGCUUGGGCAUAUUGUUAGGAAUACGCUGACAAACGAUAAGUGGGGUGCCGAGGAAAAUGGUGUGCCUUACCAGCCAUUCGCACAUGGUCAUAACUUUGAAAUAAUGAUUCUGGCUGACAAGGACGAGUUCAAGGUUGCUGUCAACGGUCAGCAUUACAUUACGUACAAACACCGUGUCAGACCUCUGAAGAAGAUCGACUAUCUUGGUAUCAUUGGUGACGUCAUAAUCACAUCUGUGAAGUUCCAGGAUGAACAGUUGCAGUAGAUAAGACUUACGUAGCUGCCACCCCAAUAGGACCCAUUGUCAACAUAGCGGUCGAAGUGAAUGUGAAUGUACAGUGCGCCUGGUAUCGGCAGAUGUCUGGUUCUUAUGAUGUUUUUAUACUAAUACUUAAAAUCAAGUAUAUUGUUUUCGAUUCUUAGUUUAAAUAACAUAUUGGCAUAGCCGAUAUAUUUAUAUUCCACGCCAUUUUAUUUUAACAAAUAAAGUUACCGGGUCCUAUCUCUGGUAUACUUU